AUGAAGUUCGGCCGCAAUUUGUCCCAAUUCACCGUUCCCGAGUGGAGCACCUCCUACAUCAAGUACAAGGCCCUGAAGAAGCUUAUCAAGUCUGCUGCGGAGCAGAUCAAAGCGGGACAAGAUCCAGAUCUGGCUGGUUUUUUCUAUAGCCUCGACCGAAAUGUUGAAGAUGUCGACUAUUUCUACAACAAGAAAUAUGCCGAGUUCGCCCGCCGUUUGAAGCUACUCGAGGAUCGCUACGGUUAUUCCAUGGAGGGUCGCCAUCCUCUGGAGCCCGAGGAUCGGCAUGACCUGCGCGAGGCCCUGUUGGAUCUGCGGUACCACUUGCGCCGCUUACAAUGGUAUGGUGAAGUCAAUCGACGUGGAUUCGUCAAAAUCACCAAGAAGCUGGACAAGAAGGUCGGUGCGCAGGCCCAAAAGCGUUAUCUAGAGACCAAGGUCGAUCCCACUCCUUUCGCCUCCAACGAACGGGUGUUCCAAUCGCAGGAGCGCAUCAAUGCUUGGAUGGCGAUCAUUGCCGACCAGUCCAAGGUUGAAGAUAAGGUGCCCGAUGACGCGAGCUCCACCCAUUCUUCCCUUUCAUUGAAGCGAGGCUCAGCUAGACCUUAUCUUAACUUGCCUACUAGCGUCCUCACUGCCGUCGAUGACGCACUGCGCAAGGAUGAUACUCAUGUCUUGCUCGAGUUACUCGAGACCUUGAAGGCCUCUGCCGAUGAAGCUGGGGACACGGUUUAUCCUAGGGUUCUCAGAACCUUGAUUCAACGCUCUAUCCUUCACCGUUCGCGCGCUGUCCUGACCCUUCUCUUGAACCGAGUGGACACUCUAGAGGAAGAUGAUGAUAUCAACAGACGCAACUGUCUUCACCGUCUCGUCAUCUCCAUGGGCCGUGAACAGCCCACAAGUGACUCCGAGCCGGCGGCGUCGAUGGUGCUUAACUUCCCUCCGGAGACCACCCGCUAUAUUACGCCCGCAGCGCCUCCGACCCUCCAACCACCGCGUGCAAUAGUCAAGGAGGAGCACAUGCCCCAGCAGCUGGGCCGCGAUGAUCCGGCUGUUACUCACCUUCAAUUCCUAUUGGACGCACUGCGCCCUGAUCAGCGUGAGUCGUUGAUGGCCAAAGACCUUUCAGGACGCACUCCAUUGCACUAUGCAGCACAAUACGGUUUCAAGGUAGUGUGUGAAGUCAUAAUUGAGCACCUCAGGGAAUGGGACAUGUUCGAUGUCAGUAAUGGCAUCGACGGUCCUCUCUGGCAGGACAAUGACGGUUGGGCCCCACUCCAUUUGAGUGUUGUAGGCGGCCACCCACAAACCACCCGAUGUCUCUUGGAUUCCGAAAACCAGUAUCCCUCGCGGAAACGGAGCAUCAUCAGAAAACAGGUCUCCAAGUCUAGUGCAGUACUGGCACUAGCGACCAAGGCCAACUUUGUUGAUAUUGUCCAGCUUUUGGUGGAGGCUGGCGUGGAUAUCAAUUAUCAGGAUGAGCAGGGAGAGACUGCAUUGCACGUUGCCGCCCGAUUUUGCCAUGCUGAGUGUGCACAAAUUCUACUCGAUGGCAGCGUCGACCAGAAGGCAGACAUAGAAUUAGCCGAAACCACAUAUGGCUGGACGCCGCUCUUCAUUGCCUGUGUGGACGGGUGUCUGAGUGUGGCUAAAAUGCUAAUUUCCGCGGGCGCGGACGUGGAGCGUUUCGAUUCCUCUGGCUGGACGGCCAAGGAGCACGCGGCCCUGCGAGGCCAUCUCGACAUUGCCCGCUGCUUGGCCGAAGUUAGCCCCGGGCCUCCUACCACUGAGCUCGAUUUUUCGUCGUCCACUCCAACCCUCCCAGGUUCCGAGUCCUCCUCGCCUCCGACUCAGUCGUCCCUCACUGAUCGCCGGUCGAAUGCGCCAGGCCCAACUUCUGGGACUCCUGGCGUACGGACUAGUGAACCUAUUAAGACGUUUGGACACAGGUAUCUGACCGAUGAGAGCAUGAUCUUGGUUAGUCUGGGAACUAUGGAUAUGCGCAAGCCGCUUGAGACAGUCAGCCUCGACCGCAUCCCGAUGGAGAAUGCGCACGCCACCCAGCUGGACACGUCUUUGUCGAUGGUGGUCACAGCUAGCGGUGCUCACGGUGAGCCGGAGGUGAUUGACUUGCCUGUGCAGGACAAUAUCUCAACCGAGCCAAUCGUCUUCCACACCACUGAUCCAAGCAAGGUGCGUCUACUUUUCGACCUUGUCCCCACCUACGCAGGAUCAAAGGAGAAGAUCGUUGGCCGGGGUGUCGCUCUGCUUUCUAGCAUCAAGCCCACCGUGGGGUCGCACCGAAUCAAUCUCAAGGGUGAUUCCACUGUUCCCAUUGUUGCCGCGAAUACCCUUGAGGUGAUUGGGUCUGUGACUUUCAACUUCCUUGUCAUCACCCCCUUCAAGCACCCGAAAAUGUCCAUUACUGGCAACCAGACCUACUGGCGCUCGAUGACCUCAACCAUGGUCAUUGGACACCGUGGGCUGGGUAAGAACAUGGCCAGCCGCAAUUCAUUGCAGUUGGGUGAGAAUACUGUAGAGUCCUUCAUCGCCGCGGCCAACCUAGGUGCCUCAUAUGUUGAGUUCGAUGUGCAGCUCACAAAAGACCACGUGCCUGUCAUCUACCACGACUUCCUAGUCAGCGAGACGGGUAUCGAUGCGCCUGUUCAUACCAUGACCCUCGAUCAAUUCCUCGAGUUGGGCAUCGGACGUUACCGUCAUGCCCUACCCGGAUCCGUGAAAGUCGGCGAGGGAUCUGAGUAUGGUCCACGCCAGCGCUCAAUGUCUGUUGGUGGCUCCGAGUACAACCCCGCCGAAUUGACCGAGAAGAUCAAGCACACACGCGACUUCAAAAAGAAGGGAUUCAAGGGUAACACCCGCGGCGAACACAUCCAGGCACCAUUCGCCACAUUGGAAGAGUUGUUCACAAAGAUCCCGAAACCUGUAGGAUUUAAUAUCGAACUGAAAUAUCCCAUGCUCCACGAGAGCGAGGAGGAAGAAAUGGACACCUACGCAAUUGAACUAAACUCCUUCGUCGACACCAUCUUGACCAAGGUCUACGAUAUGGGAGGCGGCCGCGACAUUCUAUUCUCCAGCUUCAACCCGGAUAUCUGUCUACUGCUGUCUUUCAAGCAACCUUCCAUCCCCGUCCUCUUCCUGAGCGACGCAGGCGCCUCCCCAGUCGGUGACAUCCGCGCCAGUAGCUUGCAGGAGGCUAUUCGGUUCGCCUCGCGGUGGAACCUCCUCGGAAUCGUCACCCAGGCCGAACCACUAGUCCUCUGCCCGCGGCUGGUCCGUAUCGUCAAGGAGUCCGGUCUUGUUUGUGUCUCCUACGGAACACUCAACAACGAUGGCAACAACGUCGACUACCAAGUGGCGGAAGGCAUCGACGCCGUUAUCGUCGACUCCGUGCUCGGCAUCACAAAUGGCCUCAUCCAGCGCCAGAACAAGGGCGAGCGCACACCCGGCCCGUCGCCUAAUCCUUCGGCUGUUAGUGAUCAGGCGGCUGACUCUGCCAAGGGCGCUGUCACGGUCCCGACUCUUGAGCGGGUGAAACAAACUACCCUCUCACCGGAUAUCAAUCCUCCUACUCUUCUUUGA